CAAUGACGAGGGGAUCCGAGAAUGACGCAAAGACGUACGGGCACGCGCCCCUUCCGUUGUUGUUGAAGGAUCGUCGGGGACAGAGAAGCCGAGAGCCAGAGAAGGAUUCUUGGUGAUCCUCAUUGGUUUUUGAAAUUUCAGUUGCACAGUUGAAUACUCGCGGCUGAAGAACAGGAUGAAACCCACGAUUUGGCUGCCGGGAAUUAUUGGAAUUCUUUUUGGAUUGAACCUUGGAGCCUUGGGCCAGGUUACAUCCGCCCCAAGUUCUGGUUGCACUGCUUCCAGCAACAACAAUUGCGAACAAUGUCUGAGGAAUGUUUCGUGUCUGUGGUGUAACACCAACAAUAAAUGUGUUGACUACCCAGUGAGGACAAUCCUGCCACCCAAGUCUUUGUGUCAUCUGUCUGAUGCACGAUGGGGAGUCUGCUGGGUGAACUUUGAAGCUUUGAUCAUUGCCAUGUCGGUGGUUGGGGGAGUUCUAAUCUUGUCACUGUGUAUCUGCUGCUAUUGCUGCUGCAGGAGUCGAAAGCGCAAGCAACUGAAUGUGAUAGAUCAGAAAAUGGAAAGAGAAAGAGAGCAGAGGAGAAUGCGGCAAGAAGAAAGGAAAAGUGAAAUGAAAGUCAGGCAUGAUGAAAUCAGGAAGAAAUAUGGCCUAUUCAAGGAGCCAAAUUCUUACUCCAAAUUUGAAAACAACUAAUGCACACAACUCAGCUCCAGUCCAAAUGAAUCGUAUUCCAAUAGCUCAGUCUUUAAUUAUAUAUAUCGUACUUACUAACCUUCUCCCUCCAAAACCCCAGAGGCAGUGAAAUCAAAUAAUCUAAGCCUCUGGUUUGCUUCUAAUUCUCUGGGGAAGGGGAACGUUUUUUUUUAAAAAAUCUUGUCAAACUGUGGACCAGUUACUGUUUAACCCUGUCUGCAGAAUAACUUCUAAUCCUGUAUCUCAUAGUUACUAGUAUUUACACUGGGAAGACUGGUACCAGCAGUUGAAGCAAGCGUUGAAGAUGGACCAAAUGACUGGCCACUGGGUUUCUAGAUUCCUUCAUCUGAUUUUCCUUAACCAGAAUGAAUUCAAAGUAUUUAAAAAAAAACUCAUUCAAAUAAUUUUAUUUGGAUGUUUCCAGCUGGAUACAUGUCCAAUCCCAGAGCCAAGCCUGUGCCAUCCAGUGUCUUGCUCCUUUAUUCCGUCUCACACUGCACGUGGAUUACUGAGCAGCUUCUGCAGACCGGUGAUGAUCGCAGGUUUGAGAGAAGCCCCUUUAUGCAGCCACUUAUAAACCAAAGAGUGCAAAAAAUGGAAAGUGCUGUAAUUUUCUAUUGGCAGUAUGAGUGAGAGGAAAAAGGGGGCGUGAAUUAUGAACCAAACCCCAGUGCCUUUAUUUUUAAUAGAAUUGUGUAUUUACUUUUGAAGAGGCCAUGUUUAUAAUGUUUUCUAUCUCAUAUUGCACUCUGUAAGACGACCAACAUAUAUUAUUAGUGUCACAUUGCUUUAUUGUGUGUGGGAAAGCUGCAACGAUAAUUUUUUUUAACUGCUGGAACUGUAUUAAAAAUAAAAAAAAAACACAAAAUGGGAA